AUGGCAGACAACCAACCAAAGGAGGGAGACAAAGUCUCUUGGCAAUGGUCUGGCGGCCGCCCUGGUGGCGAAGUCGCCGAGGUCAAGGAGGGCACUGUCGAGAUGACCACCAAGAACAACAACGUCGUCAAGAAGGACGGCGAGCCCGGCAACCCAGCUGUCAAGAUUCAGCGCUCUGGUCAUGAUGUGAUCAAGAAGGCCAGUGAGGUUGAUGUAGAAGAGAAGGGUGACGGGCACAAGGAAGACAAGAAGGACGGCGAGGACGACAAGAAGGACGGCGAGGAAGACAAGAAGGACGGCGAGGACGACAAGAAGGAGAAUGGCGACGCCGCGACUGGCGACAAGCGCAAGGCCGAGGAGACCUCCGAGGAAAAGAAAGAUGCAGAGGGUGGUGAUGCGAAGAAGCAGAAGAAGAGCGCCGAACCCAAGGAGAACGGCGAAGCACCAAAGAAGAAGGGUCGUCCGGCGAAGAAAGAUGCCAAUGGCGAAACCAAGCCGAAGAAGGAGACGAAGAAGAAGGAACCCAAGCGUGCCGCGACCGAGUCUGGCGAACCAAGACGAUCUGGCCGUAACAGAUCGUAGGCGUGACGUCGAAGAAUGUCGACCGCGCACUUCGAGCGUCGCACUUCAACAAAGAUAACAACAACAGGAUCUGUGGCGCGGUGCGCAUUCAAAUUUUAGCUGGACAUGGAGAGCAAGCAACAAAAGAGGGCGCUGGCAGCUUUGGGGCGGGGGGACGGACUUUGGGCAUGCGGAUGCGGAUGGCAGGAAACUUGCGCUGAAAUGCUCGAAAAAGAAAGCUGAUUCUUCGUGUACAGUAUAUGGCAAAUGCUGCUAGUCAGUGCGAAUGAAUUGAAAGAUCAUGUUUUUGUGAUGAUG